AUGGCAUCAGAAGUCGACCUCAACGGCCUCGACCUCCCCGAAUUUGGCUUCCUCCCUUUCGACCUUUAUGUCAUGGCAAAAUGGAACCAGGCCUCCCCCCUCUCCACCAUACAACAAAAGAAACAGCUCGUCGAAGAGUGGAUUAAACUAGGCAAAUACGGACGAAGAGAAUAUCUUGGCUCAAUUCCUCCACCAGGAGAAAUCCCCAGCAACGUCCCUAAAGACCUCCUAAGUCCCAAAGAACGCGCCCACAACGGGCAGAUCGAGCGCACGCUCUUUAUCCGGACAUGGUACGGGGACGCUAGUGAUCCAGCGAGCCAGGAGAAAUCGGAUGAGGAUUAUGCGCAUUUGGUUGAGGUCAUUUCGUCCGAAUACGGCGAGAUGGGACUUAUGAUGGAUGAAUUCUUUAUUUUUGAUCAGAAGGAGGAGCUAUCGUGGUCUUCCUUUCUUUCUACUCAGAGCAGCGAUGUCGAGUUUUCCGACGGGGUCGCGAUUCCCAGACCGGGAUGUAUUCCCUCGUAUGUUCUGGCCGCGCUGAUGCACUGUCCUGACCAGAUCGGGGGGAAUCAAAUUGAGAAUUUUCAUGACCUCGUUUCUGCUGAGGAAGUUGAGGGCUGGCAGAUGCUCCUUGUGCUUGUUGCGGAUCGCGAGGCGUGUGAAGAGGGGUGGGUGCUGCAUCUCGCGAUCAAUCACAAGGGGCAGGUUCUUCCUUUCCGGAUCAGGGACGGGGCGGACUGGGUUUCAGCGAGUUAUGGGAAUUGGAAUGAUGGGCAGCAAUUGACAGAGAAUACGCAGAACCCUGAGGAGGACACGGAGAAGUAUAUGGACCAUGGGGGUGGUGGGAGUGGAUGGGAUUGA